CUGACUGUCAUGGACCUGCGGCAAUUUCUCAUGUGCCUGUCCCUGUGCACAGCCUUUGCCUUAAGCAAGCCCACAGAAAAGAAGGACCGGGUACACCAUGAGCCUCAGCUCAGCGACAAGGUUCACAAUGACGCUCAGAGUUUUGAUUAUGACCAUGAUGCUUUUCUGGGUGCUGAAGAAGCAAAGACCUUUGAUCAGCUGACGCCAGAAGAGAGCAAAGAAAGGCUUGGAAAGAUUGUAAGUAAAAUAGAUGGCGACAAGGACGGGUUUGUCACUGUGGAUGAGCUCAAAGACUGGAUUAAGUUUGCCCAAAAGCGCUGGAUUUACGAGGAUGUAGAGCGGCAGUGGAAGGGGCAUGACCUCAAUGAGGACGGCCUCGUUUCCUGGGAGGAGUAUAAAAAUGCCACCUACGGCUACGUUUUAGAUGAUCCAGAUCCGGAUGAUGGGUUUAACUAUAAACAGAUGAUGGUUAGAGAUGAGCGGAGGUUUAAGAUGGCAGACAAGGAUGGAGACCUCAUUGCCACCAAGGAGGAGUUCACAGCUUUCCUGCACCCUGAGGAGUACGACUACAUGAAAGACAUUGUCGUGCAGGAGACAAUGGAGGACAUUGAUAAGAAUGCUGAUGGUUUCAUUGACCUAGAAGAGUAUAUUGGUGACAUGUAUAGCCACGAUGGAAAUGCUGAUGAGCCUGAAUGGGUAAAGACGGAGCGAGAACAGUUUGUGGAAUUUCGAGAUAAGAACCGAGAUGGCAAGAUGGACAAGGACGAGACCAAAGACUGGAUCCUCCCCUCAGACUAUGACCAUGCGGAGGCAGAAGCCAGGCACCUUGUCUAUGAAUCAGACCAAAACAAGGAUGGCAAGCUCACCAAGGAGGAGAUUGUUGACAAGUAUGAUUUAUUCGUGGGCAGCCAGGCCACAGAUUUUGGAGAGGCCCUAGUGCGGCAUGAUGAGUUCUGAGUGCAGCCAGAGGAGCCCGCAUCUCUUCAAAAGUAAUUUAUUUUUACAGCUUCUGGCUUCACAUGAGAUUGUUUUCGCUACUGAGACUGUUAUCACAGACUUUUCGGAUGUGGAAAGGCAUAACAGAAACCCUCCUGUCCCCAUUCCUCCUCCUUUCCCAGGGACUGGAGGGAACAACUCGUAAUGAUUACACUUGUGUUUGUAGAUUUACACUUUGUAUUAUGUAGAACAUGUGUUUAUUUUUGUAUUUGUUCUCUGGUUGGGAGUAUGAUAUGAAGGAUCAAGAUCCUUACCUCACACUCGUAGGUAAGCAUUAGUCCUUCACUCUGUCUCAACUCCUUAUCAUUUAUCUAGUUCUUAACUAAAAAUUAAGCCUGAGAUCAAUAAGAAAUGUUUAGGGGAGAAAAAUGGAAAAACCCAUCUCACAGUUCCUAUUUUAGCGCACUAACACCCUCUCUCUGAGAGCACAACACUUCACAGGAGGUAGAGGCCACGUGUUCAUUCCGUUGCUAUAGACCCAGCAAUGGAUCCUGGCAUUAUCUGGGCAAGGGAUGACCCCUGUGCUGAAAGAAACUCUGGCUCAACUUGAUUGAGUUCCUUUUUUCUGUUUUUUCCACCCCUGUAGGACUAGCCAUUUGCUAAUUUUGUCAAGCACAGCUGUGGUGGGAAGAGUUCAGGCCAAUGUCUUGAAAAUCAAUCAAGUAGUGAGUGUAAUCUCUUUACAAAGUUAUAGAUAGAAACAGCUGG